AUGCCACAGCUGAGCCUGUCCUGGCAGGGCCUGGAGCCUGCAGUAGCCUCCCUGUGGCUGUUCCUACCCCUGGCUGGGGCCUCUUGCCUCCUGGCUUACAUCCUGGUCCAGGGUUACACUGCUUAUGAAACCUCUCAACGCCUUCGCUGUUUCCCUCAGCCUCCCAAACGAAACUGGCUCUUAGGUCACCUGGGCCUGAUCAAGGCCUCGGAAGAAGGGCUCCUGUACAUCCAGAGCCUGGUGCGAACCUUCAGGGAUGUGUGCUGCUGGUGGGUGGGGCCGUGGCAACCUGUCGUACGCAUAUUCCACCCUGCCUUCAUCAAGCCUGUGCUCUUGGCUUCAGCUUCAGUUGCUCCCAAGGACACCGUCUUCUACAGCUUCCUGAAGCCCUGGCUGGGAGAUGGUCUCUUGAUGAGCACUGGUGACAAGUGGAGCCGCCACCGUCGCAUGCUGACACCCGCCUUCCAUUUCAACAUCCUGAAGCCUUACGUAAAGAUUUUCAAGGACAGCACCAACAUCAUGCACGCCAAGUGGCAGUGCCUAGCCUCCAAGGGAAGUGCCCGUCUGGACAUGUUUGAACACAUCAGCCUCAUGACCCUGGACAGUCUGCAGAAGUGUGUCUUCAGCUUCAACAGCAAUUGCCAGGAGAAGCCUAGUGAGUACAUUGCUGCCAUCUUGGAACUUAGUGCCUUAGUGGCCAGAAGGCACCAGAAGCUGCAUCUGCAUGUGGACCUGCUCUAUCACUUCACCCGGGACGGGAUGCGCUUCCGGAAGGCCUGCCGCCUGGUGCACAACUUCACCGACGCUGUCAUCCAGGAGAGGCGUCGCACCCUUCCUGAUCAGGGUGAAGAUGAUGAUGUCCUCAAGGCCAAGGCCAAGGCCAAGACUUUGGACUUCAUUGAUGUGCUGUUGUUGAGUAAGGAUGAACAUGGAAAGGCACUGUCUGAUGAGGAUAUCCGAGCAGAGGCCGACACCUUCAUGUUUGGAGGCCAUGAUACCACGGCUAGCGGGCUCUCCUGGGUCCUGUACAACUUGGCAAGGCACCCAGAAUACCAGGAGCGAUGCCGGCAGGAGGUGCGGGAGCUCCUGAGGGACCGUGAACCUGAGGAGAUUGAAUGGGACGACCUGGCGCAGCUGCCCUUCCUCACCAUGUGCAUCAAGGAGAGUCUGCGGUUGCAUCCCCCGGUCACUGCUAUCUCCCGCUGCUGCACUCAGGACAUUGUGCUCCCAGAUGGUCGGGUCAUCCCCAAAGGUGUCAUCUGCAGAAUAAGUAUUUUUGGGACCCAUCACAAUCCAACUGUGUGGCCUGACCCCGAGGUCUAUAACCCCUUCCGAUUUGAUGCAGACAGCUCCAAGGGUAGGCCAUCGCUGGCUUUUAUUCCCUUCUCCGCAGGGCCCAGGAACUGCAUCGGGCAGACUUUUGCCUUGAGCGAGAUGAAGGUGGCGCUGGCGCUGACCCUGCUGCGCUUCUGCAUCCUGCCGGACGACAAGGAGCCACGCAGGAAGCCGGAGCUGAUCCUGCGCGCAGAGGGUGGGCUAUGGCUGCGGGUGGAGCCGCUGAGCACGUAG